UUUUAAAAAGUCAUUCAGUCAAAUCGCCGGUUAACCGCAAGUUAGCAGACAUUUCGAGAGCCUAACACCUUCUCGAGAUGUACAUUGAACUUCGAACCCUUUUUAAUUGAUUUUUAAUCUAUUUUUUUAAAUCUUUUGAAAUUUUUUCUUGACUUUAUCAAAAAUCAAGUGGCGACUCCGUAAUUUGGAAAGUUGAUUUUUCUUAAAUAAUAAGAUUAAUUGAUUUUCGGAAACCUAGUCAAUUUCUCCCAUUUUUAAACAUAAAUAAUAGUAUUUUUUAAAAUAAAACAGAAAUGGCGACUCCGCUGGGGAAUAAUUAAGUUAUAACCAUAAGAUUUAACUGUUUGACUAAGUGUUUUUAAUUGUUAAAAUGUCAUUUGUGCCGAAUGUGUUUAAUUUUCAUAAACUGUUGCAUUUCCAUGGCAUUCUUCCGCUAAACGACAAUUAGUAUGCAUUAGGAAAACGAAAGUUACGUGGCUUUCCACGGCUAUCUUCAGAAAUACCAAGAAUUCAUUUGGAAGUAUCAAACAAAUAGUUGGAAUGCGGUCAUCCGACGUUGUUUGGUAGCUUCACCCCGAUGUUUGUCCGACUCGGGUAACCGUCAAAUUGAAAACUAUUCUAGAAAGCCUAAGAUAGAGCGAAACCAAAACCAAAUUAAGCAUUAGCCUAAGAAGGCUUAAUACCCAAGGUGUAUUAAGCUCAUUUAGUAGAAAAAAUGCCAAAAUUGUGUCUAAGGUCUUCGACCUCGCGACACAUCAUAUUGUUUGACAUUCGAAUAAUGUACGUGUGAAAACCAGUUUGGGGGAGGGGAGAAAUCUAAUUGGUUUCUGUUUUACAGAUAUGGAUCGUUUCUCGAAGUUCGAUAUGGUCAUCUCAGCGCCACCUCAACUCACGAUGUGGUACAAUGAUUUGGAUGGAGAUCAUAGAAGGACCCUUAAUAAAUACGUAGGUACAUUAACCGAAUUGAUCAAUAUGAAUGGUUGGCCAGAACUGAUUGAGGUACUUACGGGAUAUUGGGAUAGCCGGAGGAUGGUGUUUCGAUGUGGAACUGCCGAAAUUACCCCGACUUUGGAGGAAAUAAGAGACUGUAUAGACACCGUGGGCACCGGAAUGGAGAGGAGAGCAAGAAAACAAGAAGACAUCUUCAUCCCCAAUAAACCUUCCGUAAAUGAUAUUACGAACUGGUUUGGGUUGAGAAAGGACUUUGCCUACUGGUGCCAGGAAUCCCACGUAGCAUUCAGGGACCUUUAUAUCCGAUUUGGGCAUGCGAGCUUUUACGUCACAUACAAUCGAGAGUUCAAAAUCUCCUAUGGAGAAUGGAACGAGAUCCGUCCCCUAGCAUUUGCUGUGGCGUUAUUGGGAACAAUGGUCUUCCCUCAUGGUCCGAGUUUGAGUAUCAAUACCCGAGUCAUAACACUCGUCCGCACUUUGUUCAAAGGAUAUGAAAACCAAGGGACAACAAAACACUAUCCUAUAGCUCCGGUUAUCCUGUCCGACAUGUAUCGAGCCUUGGGAAAGUGUAAAGAGGGACACCGAUACUUUCAAGGAUGUAAUUUACUCCUCCAGUGGUGGAUCCUCAGCCAUUUAACAAAGGGUGCUGGGACUCGGGAGUUACAUACCCUCGACAACAAAAAUACCCUUAAGGAUUUGAAUGACCUGUUGUAUUGGGCAAAUAUGAACAAUCGGAGGACAAGGGGGAAAUGGGCCCAAAUUUUCUCCGAAUUAGGAGAAGAAGACCUCCAAUGGAUGCUCGACCGUUUUAUAUCCAAAGAAGUCAUCGUGGAAAGUCGUAGAAAUAUUGUGCUUCCUCUACCAUGCAUUCGGGGAAUUCGCCCUUACGCACCAUUUUGAGUCUUGCGACAGUUCGGAAGAAGACAAACUAUACCCAGAGAAGCGUACUAUGGAGCUUAUGUGUACGAUAUUGGAGAUGAUAGAGUUCACGACGCGUCUGAAAUGUUCAGAGAAUGGAAAAGCGCCAAACGUAUGAAUAAGGACACCAUCGACCCUGAUCGAUUCAAUGCAGGGUAUGACAAGGGUUACAAAGAAUGGCUCAAGAAGGACAUACAAAACGUCUCCUUUCAAACUCCACGUAGCUUUCACAGUAUAACAGACAGAGAAGCCAAAGCAGUGGCCGAGCUACGAGAGAUAAAAGAAGAGACCAAGGAGGUGUACGCUAAGUUUGUAGAGAAUCAAGACGCUCUUGAGAGGGUGACUCGAGAGGUUGAAAGACUGAGACGUGGUUAUGAUGAUUUUGAUAACUGGAUCAAAGAGAAAAUUGAGAGAAUGCGAUACGAAAGCUUGGAAGACAAAGGACGCCUGGGUGAAGGUUUUCUGCUAAUACUGAGGUACAUGUUUCAGCAAUACAAAUUUCAGAGAGACGGUGACGGAGCAGGAUCAUCUGGAGCGGCAUAGUGGACCUCGCCCCUGCGUGGGCCUGAUUUUGUUACACUUUCGA